CGAGCGUUAGCGGCUAAGACUUUGUUUCUAGACCUUCAGACGGCAAGAUAAGAAUCAGGGGUGCCGAAAGAAAUAUAAAGCUCCGCACAAGACACUGACGGCUUGAGCAUUCAUCUCCCAUGCCCUCGAUCGCAGAAUACAACGGUGUGCCCCUGAACCAGCUCUUCGCCGAGGAGAAACAAGGAUGGUCGGGAUAUGUCGAGUGGGAGAACUAUCCUGACAAGAAAGCUAUAGCUAGUGAGGUCCUCAAGCGGAACAAAUUUACUCCUAUCCCAGAGUUUCAGUUCGUACCGCUUCCAGAUACUAACCCAAUCCUGAUCGGGCAUCGAUGGAAGGAAUACCACGAGGCGCUUGGUCUGAAGUACAUCGUCGAUCACAGCUGGGAUAUCGUCCAGAAGGAGAAACCCGACCUUAUCCACCUCCUUGACUUCCCUUACAACGGCGAGACGCGCCGCGACCAGCUCUUGCAAGGCAAGGUUACGGAUAACAUGUACCAUUUCGUGAGGAACCACGGCGGCAUUCCAGCGAUUCCAGACGACGUAUUCGAGCUGGAGAUCGGCGGUCUUGUCAACAAACCAGUGAAAUUGUCGUUGAAAGACCUCAAGGAUGAAUCCAAAUUCCCACAAGCCGAGGUGACCGUCACGCUUCAGUGCAGCGGUACUCGUCGCAUCGAGCAGAUCAGGGAGUACCCAGGUGAUGGUGACGAACUAAUCAAUGCGCCUUGGGGUGAAGGUGCCAUAGGCACAGCAGUUUAUCGCGGAGUGCCACUGAAGAAAGUGCUCAAACACGCGUGCGGCGGCGUUCUCCCGGUAUGCGAGCACCUCGAAUUCAUUGGCGCCGACACCUACUUCAAGAAAGGAGACGUCUUCAACUACGCCGUCUCCGUCCCCUGGCGCAAAGUCCGCGCGAAUGAAGAAGUGCUGCUUGCGUGGGAGAUGAACGGCAAGCCCCUGCCCAAGAUCCACGGUGCCCCACUGCGGCUCGUCGUCACCGGCUACAUCGGCGCGCGCAGCUGCAAGUGGGUGUACAAGAUCAAUGCGUUGAAAGAGCCAAGUAUGGGUCCGGUCCAAAGACAAGAGUACCUUUACUACACGUCUCAACUUGGCAAGCAAAACGUGAAGUAUUCGAAUGGGUUCUCCAUACAGAACAUGCCUGUCUCGAGUGCCAUAAUCAAGCCGUCAGACAAGUCAGUGAUCGUCCAUGACGGGAAAAUUCACCUGGAGGGAUGGAGCUACAGCGGUGGAGGAAACUGGGUCGAGCGUGUUGAAGUCUCGCCUGAUGGUGGCCACGUUUGGUAUGCUGUCGAGGAGAAUGAUUUGACAGAUAAACAUUUCCACGCUUGGAGGCUCUGGAAAAUCGAUUUACCUGUAGACGCCGAGGGAUGGCUCGAGUUUUGCGUCCGUACCUGGGACUCCUCCAAUAACACCGAGCCGACGUUUGUGCGAUCGGCCUGGAACUGGGAUCUCCAUGUGACGUCAUCUUGCCAUCGCAUCAAGCUGUACAGCGUCAACACGACGAGACCUGCGACGAAGAGGCGCUUGGAGUUGCUUGCUGCCUAUGGCGAAGGUAUUGAACCGCUUACGCGCCCGUUCGAGCAUUCGCUGGAGGACCCUGAAGAAUACCUGGAGAAUUAUCGUAAGCACCGAAGGGAGCCGAAAGAUUAAGUGAUGAAUGGACACAAAUACGAAAGUGGACUUGAAUGAUGCACCUUCCAGUAGAUGUCGGCCAGGCUAGUGCUUGCUGAUCACAAACAUCCUCUGUGACUCAUUAGGGUAUGCAUUGUUCGGUCUGUUUAUACAUCUAUGUUUGUUGUAAGUUGUAAUAGUAUGUACGUACCAAGCGCUGUAACUCUAAAAUAAGCAGUCUGUGAGGCACGAGAAUCUUAGGGGCGAAUAGGAACAAUCAGUUUAUGGUCGGCUCAUGGUAUUUAGAGUCCGUAACACCCAUUCGUAGGUCCCAAGGAAAAUUGCACCUCCGCAAGCAACCCAAGCAGUUCUGGGGAGUGUCCCGGAGUACAGUUUGCGUAAACCUUCUUCCUUGUAAAUUCCAACGAACCGCCUCAGAAGAGAGAUUUUGGGUCGUCUCGCGUGAGUCACGGAGUCCUCGAGGUUUAGAUCUAACAUUACUCGAGUCUUGACCACGUCAAGGGGGGUUGUGAGCGCAGCCGCUAUACUCCCCGAGAGAGAAGCACACAUCGCGGCCUCGUAAGCGUGAAGUGGUGGUCUCUGCUGACUUGAGGGCCCCUUUGCGUCGUCAUCGGAGAUGCGACCCAGAUAGCGGGCUAGCCGCCACUUGAAGAACUCAUACAUAGGGAACUGAAAGGAGGUGAAAGGUAUUUCUCGGAUAACCGUUGCGGUAAAACCACAGUAGAAGCCUCCCCAUCCAUCGAUCUUCCAGACUAGUCGAGCGGUCGCAAGAGAAUUUGAGGCGAGAGGACCAUAAGCGAACGUCUGGGUUCUGGUCUUCACGACUUCGGAUGGGACGCGAAAGCAUGCGCCUACCACUUCCGCAACUGAGGCGGACAUGAGGUGAUUGAGAGGAUGCCCUUGCAAUGGCAGAGUCCGUUUCAUUCCCUCAUAGGUGGCGAAGAAUGCUGCAUUAGUUACACCCGUUAGAACAAGUACACUUCCUAUCCCCCGAUAAAUGCCGCUGAAUCCACCUGACCGCUUAAACCCUUGCGAAGACUGAAGGCGGGUCUUGAGCGUGUCGAGAGGGAAGAAGACCGAAUCAAAGGCAGUGCCAGCUAUCCCCCCAGCGGCGAGACACUGCAGAACUGUGGGUUUGAACUCGGCCAUAGUGUUUUCUCGCUCAGCAGGUAGUGAAGAGUGAAGUAGAUGGAGAUGCGGAGGCUAGAGGUGG